AUGUCUGAGAACAUAGAAGACCCAAUAGAUAGUCCAGAGGAAAACAUUGUAGAAAAACCAAAUGUAGAUUUGCUAAUGGUAGGCUUAGAUGAGGCUGGCAAAACUACUCCCCUCUACAAACUACUCAAAACAGAUAAUAAUGAUCUCAUCACCAUACCCACCAUUGGCUACAACAAAGAAACCAUAGAUUUUGAGGAUAAAAAUUAUACUUUCUGGGAUAUUGGUGGUCUUGAUACCGUACGCGUGCUUUGGAAAUUCUACAAAGAAAAUAAAGCAGCUGUUGUUUUUGUUAUUGAUGCUGCAAAUCGUGAACGUUAUGUGCAAGCUAAAUCUUUUCUGCACACAGUAAUGUGUGAUGAGGAUCUGUCUAAUGCCAUGUUAUUGUUGGUGUUAAAUAAACAGGAUAAACCGAAUUGUGCCACAGCUGAAGACAUGGAGCAGCAAUUGGAUAUGAAGAGCAUAAAACAACCAUGGUGCAUUGUUAACACUAGUGCAUAUGAUUGUCAAAGUCUUAAUAAUAUUAUGAUGAAUUUAAGAGAUUUGAAUUUAUUUUGA